UGCUACAGUAGGAGUGAGUGGGUGUGUGAGAGAGAUGACCCAGACUGAGGGAGGCACUGGCCAGAUCUGUCUAAAGCUUUGAAAAGAAGGAGGCAACAGAAAGACACAAAUGAGCUGAGAGACCCAGCAACUGGUGUGUGUGUGUGUGUGUGUGUGGUUUUUUUUUUGGUCUCCCUUCUACACAAGAACUUUGCCAAGAUUUAUCCUGCUGAGUGAUCUGGAAAUUAAAGAGCAAAAAAAAAAAAGGAAGAACUUCAGAGCACAUUCUUCUUUUCUUCCAGCAGAAAUGGAAUUUGGCAACGAUACCGACAAUAACUCAAGCAGCUAUGAAUGUGACUACGACGACUGGAGUUCUUCCAAAAUCCUAAUUCCUUCCAUCUAUUUGCUUGUUUUCUUUCUGGGCACCACUGGCAAUGGUUUGGUGCUAUGGACCAUUUUCCGAGGAGGACAAGAAAAGCGACGCUCAGCAGAUACAUUCAUUGCAAACCUGGCAAUCGCUGACCUGACCUUUGUGGUCACUUUGCCACUAUGGGCCACCUAUGUGGUCCUGGACUACCACUGGUCUUUUGGCUCUUUUGCCUGCAAACUCAGCAGCUACCUGGUCUUUGUCAAUAUGUACGCCAGUGUUUUCUGCCUCACAGGGCUCAGCUUUGACCGCUACUUGGCUAUCGUUCGCCCUAUAGCCAAUGCCAAGCUGAGGUCAAAAGCUAGUGGACUUCUAAUGACCAUUGUGCUCUGGACUAUGGCAGCUCUCCUGGCCCUGCCAGCCAUGAUUUUCCGGAGGACUGGAGUGUUCACUGAGAGUGACAAAGUGACAUGUUUCAUGGAUUAUUCAAGUGUGGCAACCAACAAGACUGAGGCAGCCUGGGAAGCAGGGCUUGGCUUGUCCUCCACCCUGAUGGGAUUUGUAAUCCCCUUUGCCAUCAUGCUGAUUUGCUACUUCUUCAUUGCCCGUACGAUUGCAGGUCACUUCCGAAAGGAGCGCAGUGAAGGGCUGAGGAAACGGAAGCGCCUGCUAACCAUUAUCAUUGUCCUUGUGACCACUUUUGCGAUCUGCUGGCUCCCCUUCCACUUGGUGAAAACCAUCUACAUGCUAAUGGACUGGGAGGUGAUGCCCUUGUCCUGCAGCUUCCAUGCCUUCCUGAGCAACCUCCACCCAUACUGCAGCUGCUUGGCCUAUGUCAACAGCUGCCUCAAUCCUUUUCUCUAUGCCUUCUUUGACCCCCGCUUCCGACAAGCAUGCACGGCUGUCCUCUGCUGCACGGCAGGGCAUUUGCCUGGAGCUGCAGGAGACAAGUCAGCCAGCUAUUCGUCUGGUCAUAGCCAGAACCAUCUAGGGAAGAACAUGGAAGCAGGGCAGGAGAAACACUGCCCUGAUAGCCAAGAGACUUUGCUUCAUGGGUAAAAAUGGAAUAAUGUCAAGCAGCCAUGAUAAACUUUGCAUACAAUGAAUCUCUCCUCACCCACCCACCCCCCCUUUUUAAUUCUUUUCCCUUGCAUCAUUCCAUCAUCGGAUUCUGUUUCUUUUCUUAAUGUCGCAUUUUUAAUUUUUUUAAUUGGUAAGUCUGUUUUAACUGAUGUAAUAUUCAUCCCUUCCUUCUGUAUUCUGCUUGGUUAUCUGCUGUAACAAUAUCUAUGUUAUAUAGGGGUUAUGCUAGGAAGGGGGAAAAAAGUAUUUCAUUCUGUUCUAAAACACAAUGCUGCAUACACAGCUGAUGGUUCUUCUAAUGAAAUUAACAUGGACUUUUAAAUGGACUCGUAGGGGCUUGUGCUAGUUGUUUGCAGCCCUGAGCUUUGAAAUGUUUUGAAAACUUGCAAUGGGUUUUUGAAAUGUUCAGUGAAACAGUAGAACUGUGCACAAGUUGCAUGAAAUCAAGGGGUUCAUUUUUAAGGGAAUGCACUUGGGAGCUUGCUGCAUAUCUGGUCUGUCUAUGGUCAUGCUUUGGUGUUUCAGCUCUGUGGAACAGUUCCUGUUUAAGAAAUGCUUCGAUUCUACACCCCAGAUUUUCUUAACUUUUUCUUAUCAUGCCACUUUGAGGCAUGGUUUCUUGGCAGCUUCUAAUUCCUUCAUUUUCCUUAUUCCAUGGGAAGAAAUGAUUGCAGCCCCUGAAAUUUCGAGUUUUAAUAUUCACCACAAUGGAGAACUGGCACCAUGGACAGAAAACUUCAAUCUGCAAACCUAUUUCUUCCUAUGUAUAAAGACAGCUUUUUCAAAUAGAUAGCAAUUGUAGUUUGUUCUUUGCUCCAUGCCUGUCCUGUCAAGUAAAGGCACUCAAUUCAAAACUAUUCUUUUUAAAAAAAAAAAAAAUUCAUGAAUGGUUCAUCAGUAAAAUCUCUCUCUCCUUCUUUCUUUCUUUCUUUCUUUCUUUCUUUCUUUCUUUCUUUCUUUCUUUCUUUCUCUCUCUCUCUCUCUCUCUCUCUCUCUCUCUCUUCCUUUCUUUUCCUUCCUUCCUUCCUUCCUUCCUUCCUUCCUUCCUUCCUUCCUUCCUUCCUUCCUUCCUUCCUUCCUUCCUUAAUUCCUUCCCCCAGAAUAAAAUGUAAAAUUCUUGCUACUUAAUAGAUAAUCUUAACAGAGGUUGGGAAAUAGUAUCAUGCUUGCAUUGAUAAAAACGUUUUCUUUCUAAGUUUCUACUUUUAUGUCAUAAAAGUACUGAAUAAAGUUUUAAGUCAUGCAGAAAAAUGCUUUGAGUCUCUUAAAGAUUUCAUUGAAUUGAUCUGCUGAUUAAGAAUUUUUAUAUAACGCUUUUAAAGGUGCAACCUUUAUUAUUAAUAACUAAGGGGCAAUGUAAAACUGGACAAGAAGUUGUACAUUUAUAUAGACAAUGAUUUUUUUUUUAAAAAAUCAAAUCUUUUUUACUGUAAAUUUUUUUGUUGCAAUUAAAUUUGCAAGGAAGUGCUUCAAACUGAAAAGUGGUUUUGAACAUUAAAAUAUUCUUUCUGAAUUAAAAAAUAAUCAAUUAAGAUAUUCAAUUGUAUUCAUAUUAUCCUAUUAUUAUUCCAUAUAUAGUUUUUUUAAAAAAAGAUUCUAUAGUUUAUUCUAAAUCUGAAUUGCUGAGAUAGAAUUAUAGAUUUAAAAUGUUUAUAAUGUAUUUGGCAGUUUUCUUUAUACAAGAUAAAACAAAACAUUCUUAUCAGUUAGUAAAACAUGGCUGGACAUGUUAUUACCCAUCACCGUGACACAUACAUGUAAAAGAAUGAAGAGAUAAGUUUGCCCUGGACUGUUCCAUUUUAGGGUAAAAAUAGAAAGUUUAAAUUUUAAAUAUACCCUUGAGAGUAAACACUGCCUUUCCAAAUUUAGAGAACCACAUUUCAGAAAAACAUUUUCCCUGUCAUGUUAGCUUUGUAGGCAUAUAGUAGGCUUAAAAUGCAAGCAACUACAAUCAGAAGUGAUAUAGCCCAACAAAACAACAACAUCUUGAUUCUGUUGAAUGUAUAAAAUGACCUUGGGUGUGUUAUCUUACUUUUUUAAAACUCUCAACGUAAUAUAAAAUGAUAGAUUUUAAGAUUCAUUAUCUAGUAUGUUGAAUCAGGGCCUAAAAAACCACCAGAGAAGGAACAGAGAGUAUAGGGUCCUCACUGAGGGAGGUGAAUUGUCAGAUGAUUGUCUUUGAACUCCUCUUUUAUGUACAGGUAUGAAUAUGCAUAAUGCAAAACAAAAAAGCUGGAUAGUGUUUUUAUUCUUUUAUUAAUAUACAUGGGAUUCAUUUUCAAUUUUCCUACAUCAUCUCCUAUUGUGAUCAGAGCAGUACAGCUGGGGUGAAUCUCAUGAAAUUGACUUACUGAUUCAGAAUGUGGAUCCAUCUAGGACAAUACUGCUCACAUUGAGUGGUGGCAACUGUCAAAGAUUACAGCUGUGACUCUUUUCAGCCCUAGCUGGAGAUGUUUGGGACUCCAACUGGGACCUCUUGUAUGCAAAUCGUAUCUUCUGCUACUGAGGCUACAAUCUCUCACCUAACUUUGGAAGAUGGACAAAAGAAAUCUGGAGCAUUUAACUGGAGAAUUAAAUAAAACCUCAAUGAAUGUGUA